AUGUCGGGCUCGAAGCAAACGGCGCUGUCCGCCUUGGAAAAAAUCAGGCGGCAGCGUCGAGGGGAGGCCAAAGCAUCGGAACAAUACGAAGUCAAAGAUGAGAACGCAGAGAUCUACCAAACCGUGACGGAGGAGGACUACCAGAAGCUGAAGCAGACAAGGCGUGCUCAAGAGUGGAUCGAUGGUGAAGGCUACAGCGAUGACGGCGAGGAGUGGUGGGUGUCUAACAGCGAGGACGAUGAUGAGGAGGAGGACCGCGCGGCUUCGCGUCGCGAGAAGCGGAGAAAAGAAGGCGACCGCGAGACGAAGAAAGCCAAGAAGCCGCGCAACAACGCACUCGCUGCUGCGGCAGCCGUGGCAGCGGCCUCCGCAGAGGCCCAGGGCAUGCGUUCUCUGGUUCAGCACUUCAGCGCCAAAUCGGUGGAGUCAAACGCCAAGCAAGAACACAGCAUGCUCACGCAGCGCUACGUCGAGUCUCUGCAGUCCGUCGAUAAGCUCUUCGGAGACGACGACGAAGAAGACGGCGAGUCGGCUGCCGGUGGUGCAGGCGGCUUCCGAGCCGUGGGCGGGGGCGAAAGGAGACCGUCGCCGGAUGCCGAUUCGCGGGCGGGAAGGGCGAAAACGGCGCGCCCGCCUGUCUCCUUCUCCCUCGAGAGAGAAGGCGCAAGGAAAUCUGCCGGUGCAGAGGCGGAUCAAGGCGCUUCUAUGUUCUCGUCCUACGCGCCGUCUUCGUUUCUCGCCCAGUUCGGUGUGGGGCGAGCGGCGGAGAGAGCGCCUGGCCUUCAGGGCGCGCUCGGGGCGGCGUAUGUUUCUGCGGGGAGCGCCCCUGCUGUCCCUGGCGGGUUGGGCGCACGGUCCCGUCUCUCGGCGCAGCGAGAGGAGUUCCGCGAGACUUGCGGGCUAGUCGCUGAGCAAGAGAAGGGCGCGAACGGCCUCUCCCGCGCAGACGCGGCGGCUGGGAACCGGGAGAGGGGGGCGGGAGGUGAGGGAGAGGCGCAGGGCGCGGGGGGCGCUGCAGGGGAAGAGGCGUUCUUCGAGUGCGAAGAAGACGAAGGCGACGAGGAAGAAAGGGCCGCACAAGGCGAAGAGGCUGGCGACAACGCGGACCAGACACUCUUCAGAGCGACAGGAGAGUACGAGGCGAGUGGGCCCGUGGUGCCAAAGAAGGGAUUGACGCUCUUCAUGAAAGACGACGAAGAGGACGAGAAGGCUGAGACCCAGACGGCCAAGGGGGGAGCCGGGGACUCGCAGCGGGAAAACGGAGGCGCGAGCAUGUCUGGGGGCGACGCGCAGGCGGGCGGAAAACAGCUGCCGGUGUGUGAAGACGGGACUCUGCCAUUCUACUUCUUGGAUGCGUGGGAGGAGGCGGGCACUCUGUACCUCUUCGGGAAGGUCUGGAGCGCGGCGGCGAAACUUGAGAAGGACGGCACCGAGCCCAAGCCUCUGCACGCGUAUCGCAACUUCAGCCCGCCGCAGAGCUGCUGCAUUGUGGUUCGCGAUAUGAUGGUACCGCUCUUCUUUCGGACUCGCGAGCAGGUCGACGUGGCGACGCCGCUGGAGGGGGGGGCCCUCGACGACGCUGACUCGCAGGAUCGAUCGGGGGAACACCGCGACAGGGAGGCCGAGCCGGCGGACGGGGAAGGCGGCGGCGACUCGGAGGCGCGCGAGCGCGAACUGCGCCGCAGGCUGGAGCGCCGCAUGGAGAUCACCAAGGGUUUCUUUAAGCAGGACUUGCCGCGUCUGAAGCAGAAGUAUCGCUGGCGGAAGGUUGCGAUUAAGGGCGUCUUUCGCAACUACGCAUUCGAUGCCCCCGACGUGCCUCGCGGCCGCGACCAGACCUUCGUGAAGGUCUUCGUGCCAGCCAGCGCGCCAUUGCUGAGCCCCGAGGACCUGGAGGGCGAGACCUACACGCACGUCUUCGGCGUCGGUCAGUCGCUGAUUGAGCUGCUGCUGGUGAAGCGCCGCAUCAAGGGCCCCUGCUGGUUGCGAAUCAAAAACUUCUCGCUGCCUGAGUCGGCUCUCGACCACGUCUCCUGGUGCCAACACGAAGUGAUCAUUCAGUCGCACAAGGACGUGCGUCUCUGGAACGCAUUCGAUAAGACUACGCAGACGCGACAUGCCGACGGCUGCCCGCCGCCGCAUCCCCCCCUCACGGUAGUCUCUCUCGCGGCCAAGAGUGUCCAAGUUCCCUCGAUCGCAGCGGGUGCGCACGCGUCGGAGACAGACCGCCAGCUGGCGAUGGCGUCCUUCUUCGUCUACCGCGACGCGAACAUCGAGGAUCAAAGUGCGCAGCCGCGGCUGAGCCUGCACAACAUCUUCUGCGGCAUCCGCCGCGUGCGGACAGCCGGCGGCGCGACGGCGCGCGUCAACGCCGAGGGGCUGCCGCUGCAGUUCUACGAGCUCUGUUCGAAGCAAGGAUUCGGCAUCUUUGACGCCGAGAAGACGCUCUUGCUGAACUUCAUCAACCGCCUCGCCGCCGCCGACCCCGACAUCCUAGUCGGGCACAACAUCUACGGGAUGGACCUCGAGCUGCUGGGGCAGCGGUGCGCGGUCCACGGCCUGCCGGUCUGGCAUCGCCUCUCGCGUCUGAAGCGCCCAAAGCAUGUGAAGCCGCGCGUCAACUCGAGUUUCUCUGUGGGGGGACGCGGCGAGCCCGGCGGCUUUGGAGCUUCCGGACUGUGGGGAGGGCGCAUGCUGACUGUCGGGCGCCUCGUGUGCGACACCUACAUGCAGGCCCACGAGCUGUUGGGCCAUCGCGUGAACUACGACCUCGUCCCGCUGAUGCAGGAUUUGUUUCUUGCGCCGGCGCUGGCUGUGACGGACUCGGCGAGCGCGAAGAACUGGGUGACCAAUCUCCAGCGGAGUAUCCGCGCGCUGCGGCCUUUCCCGCAGCCUCAGGAGCUCCUCGAGUUGUUUCAGAGACGCGAGCCGCAGCCGCUGCUCGUCUGCCUGCAGAUGUGCGUCCAGGAGACCUUCAUGGCAGUCGUCCUGUGUUGGCGCCUGAACUGCCUGCCGCUGACCCGCGAGCUCACCACGAUUGGAGGCAACCUCUGGGCGCGAUCGCUACAGAAUCAACGCGCCGAGCGCAACUCGUUCCUCCUCCUCCACGAAUUCCACCGCGAAAAGUUCAUCUGUCCCGACAGUGAGGACCCGUACUCCCGCGGCGCGCAGAACAAACGCGGGCGCGCUGGCCGCGGAGCGGGCGGCGCCGUCCCCGUGAAGGAGGAAGAAGUGUGGGGCGACGAGGAGGCGCCUGGCCCCAGAGAGGCGGAAGAGGAGAACGAGGGGCCUCGCGAAGGAGACGAGCGCAGCGGAAGCACCCGCGCCAAGGCGGCGUACACGGGAGGCUUGGUGUUGGAGCCUCGCGUGGGGUUGUAUGACACCUUCGUCAUUCUGCUAGAUUUCAACUCGCUGUAUCCCUCAAUCAUCCAGGAGUUCAACGUCUGCUUCUCGACAGUCAAGCGCCCGAUGCGCCGUCGCCGACGGCUCCAAGGAAACGGGGGGACGCGAAGUGCCUUGGAGGAUGGAGAGGCUCGCGAGGAAGAUGGGAAUCGCGCGCAUGCUGCGGAGGAGGACGUGCAAGGCAUCUUGCCGACCCCGGGACUCCUGCCGCGCGUUCUGAGGCAGCUGGUGCAGAAGCGCCGCGCUGUCAAGGCGUCGAUGAAGGGCGAGACGAAUCCGGUGAAGCGCGCGACUCAGGAGAUCAAGCAGCUCGCGUUCAAGCUCACGGCAAACAGUAUUUACGGCUGUCUUGGGUUCAGCCGCAGCCGAUUCUACGCGAAGGAGCUCGCGGCGUUCAUAACACAGCAGGGCCGCAACAUCCUUAUGGCGACCAAAGACAAAGUGGAGCGCGGCCUCCGCCUCGAGGUCGUGUACGGAGACACCGAUUCCAUCAUGAUCAACACGGGUCUGCAUGACGACGGCGGGCAAGGGAAGACCUUCGCAGCAGCUGUCCGUCUGGGCGAGCAGGUGAAGGCGGAGAUCAACAAGAACUACAAGAAGCUGGAGAUCGAUUUGGAGGCCGUCUUCCGCCGUCUGCUGCUGCUGAAGAAGAAGAAGUACGCGUGCUGCAUCGUCCUCGACUACGCGAAGCGUCAGUACAAUCUCGAGCAGAAGGGGCUGGACAUCGUGCGACGCGACUGGGCGAAGCUGACCAAGGCCGUCGGCAACCAGCUGCUUCAAAUCAUGUUCCGCGUGGGCCCCGAGAAGCCCAGCGCUCUCGCCAACGCUCCCGCGGCGGGCGCCGAGGGCGCGCCGGCCGCGGCAGCGGGGCCAGAGACAGAGAAGGGCGAGGGCGCGGACGCGGACGCGAUGGACACCGUCGUCGAGGAGCUGCACGCCAAGUUGCGCGAGGUGGGGAAGCAGAUGCGUGCGGGCCGCGUGCCUCUGGAGUUUUUCGUGAUCACCAAAGCUCUCACGAAGCCUCCGCACAUGUACGCGCGAGGCGCCGGAGGGGCAGUGAUGCAUCCGCAUGUCCAAGUGGCUCUUCGCAUGCAGGCGCGCGGCCUGUCGGUCAAGCCGGGCAACGAAAUUCCCUUCGUCAUCUGCACGGAAGCGAGUGCGCGCGCGUUCCUCGAAAGCCGGGAGCCCGCGCCCGAGAGGGCAGACAAACCAGGAGACGCCACGGAGACAGGCUCGAGUGAGCAGGCCCCCGGGGGCGGCGCGGGCGCGAAGGACCGGCGCGCGGGGGGCACGGGGCCGCUGAGCCCAGCGGAACGGGCCUUCCAUCCGCGCGAAGUCGCGGCGAACACGGCGCUGGAGAUCGACGUCGGGUACUACCUCGAGCAGCAGCUGUUGCCGCCGAUUCAGCGCAUGUGCGCCUACGUGGAAGGCACUAGCGCCGCGCGCCUCGCAGAGUGUCUCGGCCUCGACGGCAGCAAACACGCGCGGGUUGACGGCGGCCUCGCGCGCCAAGGCGACGGCGACGAUGCAGACGACAGCCGAGAGGCGCGUGAGAAGGCGGGCGAGGAACGGAUCAUGGCGCUCAUCUCCAAAAGCGAGGAGAAGUACAAAAUGUACAAACUCCCGAUUAACUUGCCCUGCGUGGCCUGCAAGGCCGUCAUUCCCGGAAAAGACGUUUUGCAGUUCAUGCGCUGCCCCGCAUGCACGCGGUGGGUCGCGCCGUCGAUGCUGCGCAAUUUCGUGCGUCUCACCCUGGCGGCACUGCAGAGCAAGUUCUCGCGGCCCUGUUUCAGGUGCUCAUCGUGCAGCGAGCGCUUCGACAGACUUCCUCCGCCGUCUGGCUUCGCCUCGGGGCGCGGCUCGCGUUUCGUGUGCCCCCGCUGCGAAGAAGGCGAGCUGCGCGAGGAGCUGACGGCGCACCAGUUAUACAUGUACCUGGACGAGGUUCAGUUCUAUCUAUCCGGCGACCUCACCUCGCAGCAGCAGCUGCUGGUUGAGCGCGAGAAAGACCGAAAUCCGGAGAAGGCGGCGCUCUUGAUGCAGCGGUGCCGGCGCGGAGGGGUGGGCCCCGCGCACCCGCCAGCCGCGGGGGGGGCGUCGAGCUCGAGCAAAGACACCUGGCUGAUUCCCGUCGGCGUCGAUCCGAAUCUGGUCACCAAGGUUCUGGAGGAAGGCCGCGGAAAGCCGCCGAGCUUCAGAGAGCGAGUGGACAUCCGCGACGGGCUGGAGACCGCCUAUCAACGCGUGCGCGAGGCCGAAGUCCCUCCUAUCAAACGCGGCGUCGAGCUCCGCUACCCGCACGCCGUCGCGGCGUACAUCUACCUCGAAAAAAUGAAACAGGGCGCGGCCUGGGUGGACAUGCAACAAGAAAGAGAAAAACUGCAAAAGAUGGUCAGCGCGGUCUUGGAGCAGAACGCCUACAGAAUGAUUGAACUGCGGAAUGUUUUGAGCGUGAUGAAAGUGUCGGUUCCUCUAGAUCCCGCGAAGAGACGGUGGCAGAUUCUGAGAUGUCUCAAUCGCGUCAAGGCCCGCGAGACAGAACGCAAGGCGUGGGGCGUGGAGCUCCGGCACCGUGGGUCGUCUCUGGCUUCCCUGCUUGAUAAGAGUUCCACGCUGAAGGAGGAAGAAAAGCUCUUCGGGCAUCAAAAACUUCACUCUUCGCUCACGUGUCGUGUCUCAGAUAUCGUUGUGAAGAGAGAAGGGACGGCGGAGUGA